AUGCCCCCCAUGGUUCCUUCUGCUGCAUCUGUGGCUCCGGUUGCCCCUAACCCAGGCGCCGCCCCCAUGGAGGCCAUGUCAGGAGUCCAGAACCAGGAAGAAGGGCAGGCGGUACCACCCUACAAAUAUGACCUGCUGAACAGCCUGCCAUGUGAGUGGAAUAGCACCUAUAGGUCCAUGCUGUGUUGAGAAGAAUACUGCUUUAUGUACUAUGGCUUUACUUUGGCAGUCAGGCACUUCUGCAAUAGUUUCUUGCAUGUUAUCCAAAAAAUAAUUCAUUGUAAUUCCCCUACCAUAAAAACAGGGUGUCAACUUUAUUUGUUAUUGCUGCAUGCAGCACAAUGCCGACAUUGUAAUACAUUCACUCGAAACAGCUGCCUCCAAUUGACUCAUUCGAUGGAUUAUAGGCUAUCAGGCAUUAGUGAAGUAGUCUGGAAUACCUGUCUGUCUGUCACACCCAUCAAAUGGCACACACUGGCAGCUGUCUGAAAGUGUGGGGGAUGGUAAGACAGGUUCUGUAGUUAUAAAAUGUUGACUAUUUUUGAAGUGCCCACAAUUCUUCUAACACUACAUUAUUUGACUCUGGUUUCAGUGACUGACCUGGACAUGAAGUUCCAGUACCGGGGUCGUAAGAUGGGCUCCCUGACCGUGAGUAACCCCCAGGGCUGCCGGCUGUACUACGGCCACCUGGAACCCACCCCGGAGCAGGUGGAACUGUUCGGCCCCGUCACCCUCAACCAAGUUCUCUUCCCUGGCUCGGCCGACAUCCAGAACGAGAAGCAACGGUUCUACACAGAGCACCUGCUGGACGUGAUGGACCGAGGCCUGAUCCUGGAGAUCUGGGAACAGGAUAUAUACGCUAUCAGGUUGUGUCAGUGCAAGGUGUAUUGGUCUGGGCCGGGAGUGGACGAGCAGGGGCCUCCCAACCCUAUGGAGAGGGAGAGGAAGUACAAAGUGUUCAGCCUCAAUAACUUCCUGCACGGUGAGUCAGUCAAUCCAUUUUAUUGCUGGAUAUUUUUGUCAACUAAGGCAGCAGUUUCAUAGUGUUUGAAUCCCCAUCUGAUCCCUCAAAACCCCUUGUUUUUCGAUUGAGAUCAAAUAAUCACAUAACACCAAAUUAUCCUGUCAGAUAACAAUGCUGGACUCCAUUGCCAUGAUUUUUCAGUUCACUUGAGGCUCUCUGAGUUUCAAUUGAUCCCUGAAUAUUUCAGUCACAUGCCCUUUCUGUGAGUAAGCGCUUGAGUAGUACUGCUAUUGUUGCACAGCCCAGGCAUCUAAAUGGAUUAGCUGUAGAACAGAUAUCAUAUACACAGUGAUUAUCGCAUUACAGGAGAUUCUGUUGCUCAAGUGUCCUUUCUCUUUCUUUCUCCCUCUCAUGCACACACAUACACACCAACAACAGGGCUCAUCUUGUUCCAGAAGGGUGAAACUCCCACCCCACCCCCGUUUGAGCUUUACUUCUGCUUCGGGGAGGACUGGCCAGACCAACGGAAACCCAAGGAGAAGAAGCUCAUCGUUGUGCAGGUGAGCAGAACGAAUUGACCCCAUACCCUAGUUGAUCAUUGACAGAUACAGUACACACACAUGAAAUGAUCACAUUGACUUAACAGGGACCCUCCCAUCUCCUCCAUCCAUUUCAUGUCCAGGUGGUCCCAGUGGUGGCACGGAUCCUAACAGAGAUGUUUUCUGGAGAGCUGUCCUGGUCCACAGACAGCAUCCGGCUACAGAUCUCCAACCCAGACCUGAAGGACCAGACGGUGGAGCAGUUCAAGGAGCUCCAGAGACUUCUCCAGAGCCAGCACGGCCUGGGACCCUGGGCCACCAACAGACCCUGA